AUGUUCAAGCCUCAGCAUACCCAUCCAUUCACACUAGCGGAAGUCGUUCUUCUUGACCCAUUCACCAUCACAGAAGAGAUUGCCCGCCUUCAGAACUCUCUCCAGCAUCUUAGAGAAACUCAAGAUCAGCUUAGGGAGCACAUACAGGGCUCAUCCACACCUGAUCCUGAUUUUUUGCAGGCUAUCGGGGAGAAUGAAGUUGUCAUCUAUCGGUGUCACAGAGGAGCGCAAGAAGAACGUAUCCUUAUUCUGAGACGAGCUCUGGUACAAAAGGGCGUAAUAUCCGAGUCUACGAGCCACUACGAUGUACUGUCCCCACAUCCACAGACACAGGCAUCACCCCCUGCAGCUGCAAAUCGGGAUGCGCCACCCACACAAACGGGAGAGGAAGAGGAAGGGAUCAUUCUGUAA